CUUGUGUCCCAGCGAGGAGAACCAGGGCGGCGAAGACCCGACCGCAAUGUUUCUGCGCGAGGCUCGCCAGACGAAAAGACAGCAGCAUGAGUGAGUGUUUUCUUGUCUUGUCUUGCGCGGAGCCCAAGAUGCACGUGAAGAACCGAAACGCCCCACGCGCCUGCGUUCUGUUACUUCUCGCGGAGCCUGCCUAUUGUUCUACAUAAGUUGUUAUUGCUGAACAGAAGGACCUGUUCGCCUGCCAAGUGUCGCCGCGCAAUUGUGACUGUAUCCGUGCUUACUACAGCGCUUCACGCCUGCCAGACCUGCUGAUGCAAUAAAGAAGUGUGCACUCACUAGCACGAUAGCGCGACCUCGCCGCGGCCGCAAGCCACCUACUCCUGCAGCCUCCCACCGCACCACAGCAGGCCGCCUGACCGCGACUAAACCUUGCCUCGCCCUCCUCGCCCGCCCUUUGCAUCUGACCCAGGCACAUCAUCCGCUGCUUUGGUAGGUUGGAGUGGGCCGAAGCGCGUAGGUGAUGAACCCUGCUUAACCCCUCCCAUACUAAACGGGCCCUCUGUAACAUCCGCAUUCAUACUAAACGGAACUGGCUGAGGCACUCGCUCACUGUGGGCAAUCACUCAAGUUUAAACUGCGACAGGUUUGGCGCGCAUCCCGCCCAACCACCCCGGCGUGUCGGGUAUCUCCAAGACCGCCUGGGCCAUGGUCCUGGAGCUGGCGGAGCCGUACACGACCAAGACGCUGAUCACACAGGGCAUGACGGAUAACCGGCGCACCUACACAAACCUGCAGGCCUACACGUGGCUUACGCAGCUAGCCUCGGCUCUGGCGCACCUGCACAGCCACCGGCCGCCCAUCAUCCACCGGGACAUCAAACAGGAAAACCUGCUCCUUAAAAAGGUCACGCGGCCACCACCGGCGGCGGCGGCGGCAGGAGCCGGCGGAGGGGUGCCAACCGGGGCUCAGCGGCUGCCUGGUGGCGGUGGCGGCACACAGCUUGAAGCGAAGCUGGCAGACCUGGGGCUGCACGUGGUCGUGGAGCAGGACCGCAGCGUCAUGCUGCGUCGCAAGUCACGGUACGGCAGCAACCACACAGCAGGCGGCAACAACCGGUCCGUUCACAACCGCUCCAUGCACGGCUCCAACCGCUCAGCACACGGCGGCGGCUCCGUGCCCGGCGGCACCGACUCACCCUUCCUUGCCGUGUCCGCCGCCCCGUCCGCGGCGCCCUCAGCCAUGCCCAGCCGCGCACCCAGCGAGUACGGCAUCGAUUUGUCAGGGCCGUUCGCGCGGGUGCAGAACCGCUUGGGCGUGAACGGAGAAGGGGAUGAAGACAGCGGUGCUGGUGGCGGCGGCUGCAGCACCGGACUUGGGGUCAGCUAUGCGAGCACGGGCGGGGGCCGUAUCAGCGGCGGCGGUGGCCACCAGCUGAGUGACGCUGGCGGUGUCUGGGCAGGCGAGGACGCCGGCGGCGGUGGCGCCGCUGCUGAGGGCCGCCGACGGCGCCGACGGCGCAUCAGCUUCGACCGGGACGUAAAGGGCAUCAGCACAGACGACGAGGAUGGCGGCGUGGGGUCAGAUUCAGAUAGUGACAGCGGCGGCAGCAAUGCCGGGAUGUCUGAGGAGGUGGACGUUGUGGACAUUCACGGCGCGCUCGCGGCGGACUCCGCACCGCCAACACGGCCCGGCACAGCCAACCUGACAGCUGCGGCAGCCGCCGCAGCGGUGGCAGCGCCCGGGACCAUCGCCGCAGCAGCCACGGCCUCCUCCACGGCUGCUGGCGGGUCCUCCCGCCACCUGCCCACGUCCCGCCUCUCUCGCACCUCGCUGCUGCCUGCUGCGGGCGCGGCGCAGCCCCCGCAGCCCUCGCAAGAAAAGCAAGGCCAAGGCCAGGGCCAGGGCCAGGAGCCCCCCGACGGCAGCGCUGGCGCUGCCAUCCACACCCUCACCGAUGGUGGCGCCGGCAGCGGCGCGGAUAGCGGCUUUGACGACAGCCCAAGGCCCACAGCCGAUGGCGACGACGGCGGUGUCGAUGGCGAUGGGGCAGGGGUUGGUGGCGUUGAGGGCACCAGGACUAGCCCGGCCAAACAGGGCGCGGCGUUGGCUCAGCAGCUCGGCGGCAGCAGCUCGAGGCAGCUGCCGCCGCCGGUGACGAAGCGGCCGGGUUACAUGGGAGCAAGCGGCGGCGAGCCGGGCUCGGUGGCAGUCGUCAGUGCGGGGCAUAACGGCAGCUUGGCAGCGAGGCCCAUCAGCGCUUCCAGCCAGCAGCAGUACGCCACGCCGCGCAAGUCCUCCUCCGGCGGAGGCGGCGCCGCUGCCUCCAGUAGUUCCGCAUUGGCUGCAGCGGCGGCGGCGGCGGCGGCGGCGCAGGACCCGUCAGGGGGCGGGGCUGGUUGUGCUGGCGGCGGCGGCGGCCACCCUCGGAUGGACUUGACCGUUGCUGUGGCGGAGGCGGCGGACGCUGUUGCCGCUGGCCUCUACAGCAAUACGCCGUUGGAACCCGUGGAGACACUCAUGUCGCCCGUGCCGCCGGGCCGCAUGGCUGCAGCCGCCGCUGGGGUGACGGCCGGUGGCUCAACUGUGUUGGCGGCGUUAGCCGCGAUGGGAACUUGUGGAGGGUUGAAGGGCACGGGUAGCAGCCCAGGCGCAGCUUGGAACGCGGCGGGCGGCGGGGCAGCAGCAGUCGGCAGCGCGCACAGCGCUAUCACUGCCGGUCGCACUGGCAGCGGCACCAGUAACUACGUGGGCGUGGCGGCCGCUGCCAGUAGCAACACGGGGGUGGGCACCGGGCCAGCGGGCUUGCCGCCGAUGAUCCUUGAGGACUACUCCUACAUUGGUGGGCUUACGGAUGCAGACGCGGGCGGUGACGAUCGCGGACUCGCCGACAACCGGCCUGGCGUUGACUUCCGCUGUGGCGUUGGGCAGCAGCAGUCGGGCGCAGCGGCAGCAGCAGGCGGCGGCGGCGCUUCCUCGGGGUCGGCAGGCGUUGGGAUUGCGCGCCAGAGCAGCGUCAGCAACAUCGUGCUCCUGCCCAAGGACGGCGCCGGGCCCUCCAGCAGGCCUGCCUCUAAGAGCCGCCUGGGCCUACCCGCAGUGGUGAACCCGCUCGCGAGCAUGGCCGUUACAGCAGGAGGAGGCGGCCUGGGUGCUGGCACCGCCAGCAGCCAAAGCACCUCGCGCCACUGCCUGGCCAUGUCUGCGCCCGUCAGCAGGCUGGAGAUGACGCCGCGGGCGCACCAGCAAACGCUGCAGCAUCCGCAGGCGGCACUUGCGGGAGUGCCGCCGUCUCUGGAGCACAAGGACUCGUUUGGCACAAUCCUCAAGUAAGUCAAAGGGCCAGAAAGCAGGGUCGUCUACGAAAUGCCACGCCAUGUCACGAAUAAAUAAUCCGGAUUCACUUCAGUUGUGGCCUCCGUCCAACAAAUGCACAAUCGUUCCUUGCCAGCAAGCACCGCAUGACAGGUCUCCCACUACCGUA